AUCCCAUCUUUGUGACCAGACUCCAGUUUUGACCCUUCUGCAGCAGCUACUCUCCCAUCCAGUGGUAGUUAUGGACUCCGGUGUGAUUGAAGGAGGACUCAAUGUCACCCUGACCAUUAGAUUGCUCAUGCACGGCAAGGUGAGUAAGCUCCCACAGCAGGUGAGACUGUUAGCCCACUGAGCUAAAGGCUAGGUAAUGUCAUGCUGACCAUUAGAUUGCUGAUGCAAGGUGAGUGAGCUCCCACAGCAGGUGACUAAGGCAUUACAUUUCUAAAUGCAUAUUUUUUUCCUUUUCUCUUUUAGGAAGUUGGAAGCAUCAUUGGCAAGAAAGGUGAAUCUGUGAAGAAGAUGAGAGAAGAGGUGGGAACAGAUGCCUUCUGUUUCUGAAAGACAGUAAAGCUUUUUGUGUUCUGUUAGUUGCACGUCUUAUAUAACUAAUGGUGAAUUUCCCCUCCCCCUGUGUCCAGAGCGGGGCUCGCAUCAACAUCUCAGAGGGCAACUGUCCUGAGAGGAUCAUCACUUUGGCAGGCCCCACGACCGCCAUCUUCAAAGCAUUCUCCAUGAUCAUCGAAAAGCUGGAAGAGGUAACUUAGUUACCCUGUCUUGUCCAGGCCCAACUGUUUAUUUGUCACUUUGGCAUCUGUAUGGAAUGUGAUUUGGCUGCUUUUACGAAACUGAUUCACUCUAUCUCUCAGUACAGCCAAGGUGCAUGAAUAGAGGAACCGACUGGAUGUGUGCUGUGUUCAGCUAAUCCUAGAGGACUAUUAGAAGUUGAUUAGAAAAAAGGUUAUUUAUUAACAAUACAUUUGUUUCCAAUUGUCCUCCAAGAGUGGCUGAACACCUCUCGCAUAUCCAUCAAUGAUGUUGUCAAGUGGAAGUUCUGGAGUAAGUUAGUUGAUCAAUCACUCUCCUCUUUCUCUCCCAGGACAUCAGCAGCUCCAUGACGAACAGCACGGCCACCAGCAAGCCCCCUGUCACCCUCCGCAUCGUGGUGCCAGCCAGCCAGUGUGGUUCCCUGAUCGGCAAGGGAGGCUGCAAGAUCAAAGAAAUCAGAGAGGUGGGUGGGAGAACAAAUGUACUCACAUUUGCACUUGUCUUUUCUUACUAGCACAGAUUUAGCAGAAAGUGGCUAUUUGGAAGGUUUGACUUGCAGUGAUUGUGAUCGGUGGUCGUUUUACCUACCUUAGUUCCCAGCACUAAUUGUAAGUUUGUCUGGAUAUGAGCGUCUGCUAAAUUACUAAAAUGUUACUGUAAAAUGUAAGUCCAGACCAGUCAAUCUCUCCUCUCUCUCCCUCUCCCCUUCCUCUCUCUCUAGUCAACAGGUGCUCAGGUACAAGUGGCAGGGGACAUGCUUCCUAACUCUACAGAACGGGCCAUCACCAUUGCAGGGACCCCCCAGUCCAUAAUCGAGUGUGUCAAGCAAAUCUGCGUGGUUAUGCUUGAGGUAAGUGUAAGUAAUAUCCUCAGAUCGUUGAUCUAUUUUUAUUCAGUUUAAAUAUGAAUCAUUUUCUUAAUUGAUCAAAUUACCCCUGCAACCUCUUUGGUUCCCAUCUUUUACUCACUUAUACAAAAGUGUUUUGAAAACGUCUGAAUUAAACCCAUUUUCCUGUCUCUCCUUCUCUCCCGUCCCUCCUUCUCUCCAGUCUCCCCCUAAGGGGGUCACCAUCCCAUACCGACCAAAACCUUCAGGAUCCCCUGUCAUCUUCGCCGGAGGACAGGUAUGUUUUGGUAUUUUUUAUUUAUAUACAUUAUUUUUUAUUUGGAUAAUUUCAUCAACUUACUGGUGGGGGGUAUAAUAUAGGACAAAACACAUCACGACGAGAGACACUACAUAAAGAGAGACCUAGGACUAACGCAGCAACACGACAUGACAAAUACAUGGUAGCAACACAACAUGGCAGCAGCACAACAUGGUAGCAGCAUAACAUGGUACAAACAUGAUUGGGCACAGACAACAGCACAAAGGGCAAGAAGGUAGAGACAACAAUACAUCACACGAAGCAGCCACAACUGUCAGUAAGAGUGUCCAUGAUUGAGUCUUUGAAUGAAGAGAUGGAGAUAAAUCUGUCCAUUUUGAGUGUUUUUUGCAGCUCGUUCCAGUCGCUAGCUGCAGCAAACUAAAAAGAGGAGUGACCCAGGGAUGUGUGUGUUUUGGGGACCUUUAACAGAAUGUGACUGGCAGAACGGGUGUUGUAUGUGGAGGAUGAGGGCUGCAGUAGGUAUCUCAGAUAGGGGGGAGUGAGGCCUAAGAGGGUUUUAUAAAUAAGCAUCAACCAGUGGGUCUUGCGAUGGGUAUACAGAGAUGACCAGUUUACAGAGGAGUAUAGAGUGCAGUGAUGUGUCCUAUAAGGAGCAUUGGUGGCAAAUCUGAUGGCCGAAUGGUAAAGAACAUCUAGCCACUCAAGUGUACCCUUACCUGCCAAUCUAUAAAUUACGUCUCCGUAAUGUAGGAUAGUCAUCUGAAUCAGGGUUAGUUUGGCAGCUGGGGUGAAAGAGGAGUGAUUACGAUAGAGGAAACCAAGUCUAGAUUUAACCUUAGCCUGCAGCUUGGAUAUGUGCUGAGAGGGCGACAGUGUACCGUCUAGCCAUACUCCCAAGUACUUGUAUGAGGUGACUACCUAAAGUUCUAACCCCUCAGAGGUAGUAAUCACACCGGUGAGGCGAGUGGCAUUCUUCUUACCAAACCACAUUACCUUUGUUUUGGAGGUGUUCAGAAGAAGGUUAAGGGCAGAGAAAGCUUGUUGGACACUAAGAAAGCUUUGUUGUAGAGCGUUUAACACAAAAUCCGUGGAGGGCCAGUUGAGUAUAAGACUAUCUGUCUUGCUGUAUUUUUAUAGGGUUAGGGUUUGCAAGUAGGUUUUUGCCAUUUCACCUCUGUGUAUGGUACUUUUCCCUAGCCUUUGGUUUUAUGUUACUGUUAUGGCAUCUCUGGUGGUUAGUAACAGAAAUAGGGAUGUGCACUGUUAUUCGAAUAUCCGAACGUACGUGAGUAUUCCUUUUUGUGGGCAAGAAUGUAGUGGCUUAUUUUAACACGGAAAAAAGCCUUUUUCAAAAUUUAAUAUAUCCAUGACAUUUCAAAUUAUAAAUUCAAUAAAACAACCGUUCAAUGAAGUUAUGACGUGCGCUAGGCAGAAUGGUGCUUUGUUUUCAAUCGCUUUAACAUCCCUUUAGAAAUUGCAUCAUUCACGAUAAUAUGGAUACUUUGUUUAAGACUUGGUAACUUUAAAAUGUACUUGAGAGCGUUUAGACGUAGACCUAUAGGGUCUGUGUGUGUUGAAGCAAAAUAGACUCUUGUUAGGGACGUCAAACGUUCAGGCGCUGCACAGACACUAUGGAAGCUCAAGUCUGUUAAAUUGUUUCAAAACAUUUUGAAACUCUAAAUUGUUGAAUGAGUGAGAUGGAUGUACAAUGCCUAGUGACAGUCUACACACCCGUGCAAAGUUUUUACAUUUCUAUCUAAAAAGGGAUUCAAUUGGGAUUUUACCCCACUGAUCUACACAAUAUACUGAUUUGUUGAAAUUAUCCAGUCAGUUACUUUUUUUGUAUUCGCCAUCUACCGUAAACUUUGGCACAAGGAGAUGGGUUGAUAAAUGGCUACUACAGGUUCUUAUCUAUCGACAGGUAUACGUUGUAUAGUUCGUUGUGGUUUUGUCUGUAAGAAGAGCGCAAAUGGUACAUGUCGCUGCGGUUAUUGUCCCAGUUUCAUUGAUUGCAAUAUCGAUGCGAGUGAUUAAUUUGCGCGUGCUAUUACAGUUGAAUAAGCUAAUCAGUUCCAGUUUAGAGUGGAUGUUUGGCAAAAGUUGGCGUGUGUGCACUUUUAAGGUACUAAUUUAGCAAAAUAAAAGUAAUCUGAACAAAAGUGUGACGUACAGUACCAGUCAAAAGUUUGGACACCUACUUAUUCAAAGGUUUUUCUUUAUUUUUACUAUUUUCUACAUUGUAGAAUAAUAGUGAAGACAUCAAAACUAUGAAAUGACACCUAUGGAAUCAUGAAGUAACCAAAAAGGUGUUAAACAAAUCCAAAUAUAUUUUGUAUUUGAGAUUCUUCAAAGUAGCCACCCUUUGCCUUGAUGACAGCUUUGCACACUCUUGGCAUUCUCUCAACCAGCUUCAUGAGGAAUGCUUUUCCAACAGUCUUGGAGUUCCCACAUAUGCUGAGCACUUGUUCGCUUCUUUUCCUUCACUCUGUGGUCCAACUCAUCCCAAACCAUCUCAAUUGGGUUGAGGUCAGGUGAUUGUGGAGGCCAGGUCAUCUGAUGCAGCACUCCUUCACUCUCCUUGGUCAAAUAGGCCUUACACAAGCUGGAGGUGUGUUUAUGGUCAUCAUCCUGUUGAAAAACAAAUGAUAGUCCCACUAAGCGCAAACCAGAUGGAGUGGCGUAUUGCUGCAGAAUACUGUGGUAGCCAUGCUGGUUAAGUGUGCCUUGAAUUCUAAAUAAAUCACUGACGGUGUCACCAGCGAAGCACCAUCACACCACCUCCAUGCUUCACGGUGGGAACCACACAUGCCGAGAUCAUCCGUUCACCUACUCUGUGUCUCACAAAGACACGGCGGUUGGAACCAAAAAUCGCAAAUUUGUCUUGCAGGAAUGCAGUGUUUGGUUUUCGCCAGGCAUAAUGGGACCCAUCUCGUCCAAAAAGUUGACUCAAGUUUGCCAAAAAGCACCUGGAUGAUCAUCAAGACUCUUGGAAGAACGUUCUAUGGACAGAUGAUUCAAAAGUAUAACUUUUUGGACGACAUGGUUCCAGUAAUGCCUGGCGAUAACCAAACUCUGCAUUCCACAGUAAGAACAUCAUACCAAAGGUCAAGCGUGGUGGUGGUGUGAUGGUUUGGGGAUGCUUUGCUGCCUCAGGACCUGGACGACUUGCCUUAAUAGAAGGAACCAUGAAUUCUGCUCUGUAUCAGAGAAUUCUACAGGAGAAUGUCAGGCCAUCUGUCUGUGAGCUGAAGCGCAGCUGGUUCAUGCAGCAAGACAAUGAUCCAAAACACACAAUCAAAUCUACAUGAAAAUUGCUAAAAAGCAACAAAUUGGAAGUUUUGGAAUGGCCUAGUCAAAGUCCAGACCUAAUCCCAAUUGAGAUGUUGUGGCAGGACUUGAAACGAGCAGUUCAUGCUUGAAAACCCACAUGUCACUGUGUUAAAGCAGUUCUGCAUGGAAGAGUGGGCCAAAAUUCCUCCACAGCAACGUGAGAGACUGAUCAACAACUACAGGAAGCAUUUGGUUGGAGUCAUUGCAGCUAAAGGUGGCACAACCAGUUAUUGAGUGUAAGGGGGCAAUUACUUUUUCACACAGUGGAAUUGGGUGUUGCAUAACUUUUGUUUAUGAAAUAAAUAUGUAAUUGUUGUGUUAUUUGUUCACUUAUGUUCCCUUUAUCUAAUAUUAGGUUUAGGUUGAAGAUCUGAUAACAUUCAGUAUCACAAAUAUGUAAAAGUAGAGAAAAUUAGAAAUGGAGCAAAUACUUUUUCAUAGCACUGUAUGUGUUAUUUCUUCACUAUUAUUCUACAAUGUAGAAAAUAGUAAAAAUAAAGAAAAACCCUUGAGUGAGUAGGUGUGUCCAAACUUUUGACUGGUGCUGUAUGUGUAGAUUACUUUCUAUGUUUUGGUCUUCAAAAUAUCACAACCUAUUUCAGCAUAUUCAUUGUUUUGACACUGGGCUAUAAAUCCAUGACAACAGGAAGCAGCAACAGCAUCAUUUUCAACGUGUUUUAGGAAUACAAAUGAUACUUUGAACCUUCUAACAUACGUUUGUCCUGCCUACUCUUGUGGCUGCGAAUCGUGACAUGUUGACAGGAUGCCUAUGGACACUUUGUUCUUGUUUCAGGCGUACGCCGUUCAAGGACAACAUGCGAUACCCCAGCCAGAUGUAAGUGCUGUUGUCACAAUUUCUUCCUCCUGGUGUCCGUAUCCUCCCUACCCUCUGUCUUUUCCCUAACAUCCUUAACUGUCCGUACCUUUCCUACCUUACGCUAUCAUCCCUACCCUUCACCUCUCAAUUUAUGCCCCCCAGUUACCUAUCCUAUGGACCUCCCUGCCCACCAUUCCCAACCUACCCUCACUCCAACCAGUGCGCUAGGGAAAGGUGUGGGAUAGACUGUAGGUUAGAGGCUCCAAACCCAGCCUAGUUGUGACGCCUAAAGAGGAAGGAUUUGUUCACAAACUCCAACGAGCAUCAUGGUGAAGAGAUGACAUUAUUAGACACUCCAAUUUAGAGGAGUUAGUGUAUUAACCAAUCAUGUUAUUCUCAACAUAGCACUGGGUUAUGGCUUAAGAAAUGAUGUAUAUGUUCACUAUUGAUCUUGUAUUAUUGUCUUAAGUUUUACUGUAUUGAUUAUACCAUGGCCUGUAGUUGAUGUGUGGGCCUGGUUGGUAGGGGCAAGGAAAGAUCAUAUCCAUCUGCCAGAAGACUACAAGCAAACAUUCCAAACUGAGUCCCAAGUUCUCCUGAGCUACAGUGGAAAGACCAUGGGGUACAAAUGACUAAGAAUGAUUCCACAACCCACCCAACACUUGUCCAUUUUAGAGAAAGAAAAUAAGAUAGGACAACUGGUCAAGAUAGCUGGGCCGUGUGUUCAUUAGGGCAUGCAACAGAGUUUUCCAACAGGUAGUCUCUCCCUGUUUCAGUCAGUUUGGUACGUAAUGAACACUACUCCAACUACUAUUAUGAAUGAAUGUUGUGGUGAAUGAAAUGGUUUCGGUACCGUACUGACCAUGCUUCUUGUCCCGUCUCUCUCUCCAUUUCUCUCCUCCCUCCCUGCCCCCUCUCUUGCCCUCACAGUCUUCCUCUAUCUCUCCACAGCUCACCAAGUUACACCAGCUGGCCAUGCAGCAGAGCCCCUUCCCAAUGGCCCCCAGCAACCAAGGAUUCCAAGGUACUAGGGGACUUGAGAAUAUAGUUUGUAAAGGUUAUUGAAACUACUGCGCUCAGAACUGGUGUGUUGACUAAAUAAAAACAUAGAGUAGGUCUGCGCUCAAAAGUUAUUUUAUGCUUAUUUUAUUUGUUGAGGCAACUAGCAAAAUAGAAACGUUUUGGCUGUCGGGCCAUCGUUGGUGUGUCACACUGAUAGAAAGAGAAGUCCUUGACUUUCAGCUUUACCUGCUGAAAUGUCAGUUAAGAUUUUGUUCCAUGGAACAUGCCACUACAAUAAUGGCAUUUACAUAUCAUGAAGAGUGCCAUGUUCCUCUUGAUCCUUGUUUUGUUGAUGUAUUUUUGGCUUGUUGAUUUAGGAGGGAUGGAUGCCUCUGCCCAAACUAGUUCCCAUGAGAUGACCAUUCCAAAUGAUGUAAGUAUUUCCACAGUGAUGACUCUGACCCUCCCCUUCCAUUUCCCUCCAGCGAUUUAGACAUUUCACACUAUCAAUCCAAUCCACUCUAGUUGAUUGGCUUAACUGACUUCCUGGUUUUUCUCCCCUGGAGUUGAUUUGGCGUAACUGACUUCCUGUUUUUCCCUCCUCUAGUUGAUUGGCUGCAUCAUCGGUCGCCAGGGUGCUAAGAUCAAUGAGAUCCGCCAGAUGUCGGGUGCCCAGAUAAAGAUAGCCAACUCCGUGGAGGGCUCCGCGGACAGACAGGUCACCAUCACUGGUUCCCCCGCCUCCAUCAGCCUGGCAGAGUACCUCAUCAACGCCAGGUCAGACACAACAUUAGUUUACCACACGCUUUUUAACCAACUACCAACUGUUGUCCUCUUAAGAGUCAGGGAUAAAUUGUCUUUGGGUUGCAAAAUUCCAGAAACAUCCCCCAAAUUCCUGGGAUGGAUGAUUCCCAGUUGGAGGAUUACCUCCCUGCAUGUUAACUCCUGAUUCCGGAAAUCCUCCAACCAAGUUUUCUGAAAAACCUGGGAACUUUGGGUUCUGGGAACUUUCUGUAAUUUUGUUUCUGGUCCUGGAGCACCACAGUUGGUUGGUGCAGGAGGCUUUUGAUCCAGCCCAACACAAACUAACACAGCUGGGUUGGAACAAAAGCACACAGCUCUCCAGAACUAAGGUAGCCCAGUAUUCUACCAAGCCCCUUUUGGUAUUUUCUGUAUAAUUGAGAAUCCACCCACUCUCAUCUACCCCACACCACUCUCAUCUACCCCACACCACUGUACUUCCUUUUGACAUUUGGGUACUUCCCAGUUAGUCUGCCUACAGUACAAUGUGUCCAGUGUUUGUGUUAGAUGACUGCCUAACCCCCAACUUCUAUCCAUGGCAUGUGUUGUACUCUACUGGCUCUAUUCUGAAUAGUUCACCAUGUUUGAGGGGAUCAGUUUGAACAAGAUGAGGCAACAGAAUCGCUCAUCUUGAUCACAUAAUGAGUAGUUAUUCGGGGAUGCAAGGUGAUUUGUAGAUCAGCGAUCCUGCGCAGUCCGGCUGGAACGUAGUCGAUCUCAAACACGCACAUUGUCUAUUGAAACAUGAGUCAGUCUUCUAAUGAUGUUUACUCACUGAUGGCCCACUAUGGUCAGUUGUGUUAUACCUGUCCGACUCUCACACCCCUCCCUGACUGUCAGUCUGUGCUUAAUAUUCCCCCUCAUCCACCCUCCCAACCCUGAUGUCUACCCCUCCUCCCUCCCCCCAUACUCACCAGCCUAUCCUGUAACCCAUCCCGACUGUGUGUCCCUCUUUUUCCUUCUUGUCUCGUUUCUACAGCGUAGAGUCCUCUAAAUUCUCCUCCUCGAACCCUGAACAGACCCACAGCACCAGCCUCCUCUGCCCUCCUCUCUCCACUACUACCACCUCCUCUCCUGCCGCUACCUCCUCUACUGCUUCCUCCUCCUCCUCUUCUUCCUCCUGUUUGGCGCCCCCCUCCGCCUCCAUCUCUCUGUCCUUGUUGGCUCCUCAAGGACCCUCUGACUCCCCAAUCUCCCCCAGCUCCCCUGCUGUCCCCUGUGUCUCCAGUCUGCUCAGUCUUAAGUCCCUCCCCCUCCUGGCCCUCCAUGUUGUUUCCACUGGCCCCACCUCCUCCAGUAACCCUGCCCACUCAGCCAAUCCCGAGCCAAAGCUUUCCUCGGAGCUGGGCUCC